CAGAUAUGUCGCACCCCCGCCGCAUACCGGAGGCCAAUGCCUAUAUUCAGCAGCAUCUGCAUCCCUUCAGCACUGCUGCCUGACUUCGGCCCCAGCCUCUGCCCUCACGACCAAAUAGCGUACCCUGCUAAGCACCAGCAGCAGGCGGCACGGCCACACGCAUGGCCGAUAGGGCCCUUCAGGCCACUUAAUGGUGGCGAUGCGAGUGGGCGGCCGGCACGGCCCAAUCCGAAGAUGGAGAGGAACGUGUCGCUGUUUGUGGAGGCCCGCAGGCAAAGCGCCCUCAGCUCCAGCCUCAUAGCAAUAUCAGCACCCCCGGCCGACAGGCCCUUGGCGCUGCCCAAGUCGCCAUCAGGUGCGACGGGGUCCGAUGGCGCAGUGCAGCACUCCCGCCGUGCCGUCAGGCUUCCCCCCGCCCUCCACGGUUUGCCUCGAUCCACCCCGCUUAACCAGACAGGACAUUGCCCAGCGGCAGUCGCGGCACUGUGCAGCUCAGCAAGGACCUCGAGGACGUGCCCGCCAAGAUCCUCUCGCCACAGAAUCACGGCGGCGGGUGGGACGAGCUCACGACCAUCGAGGACCCAGCGGCACGUGUGUCGGCGGCGACGUGGUUGGUGUAGCUGUGCGAGAUCAGUCGAGUCAACCGGCUGCUGGCCGAUCUCGACACAUCGGUAGGACCUCUACACCCUGCCGUGAGUCAUAGCACACACACAGCACAGCACAGCACAGCAUAGCAGACAUGCAUGUCUGCUAUGACGGGCUUCUUUUUCUCUGUGUUUAUAAUGUCUCCUUCAUUUCCGUGCCGGUGUGUGUCUGCAGGUGUCUUUCAUCCGUGCCUACAUUUUACAUCCGGACGACUCUUUUGCUCCCUUCAUCAGUAUGGCUGCGUCAUGUGUAAGCGCUCACUAACGCGUCGAGUGUGAUCACCCGUCAAGUCGACUUACUUUCUGCUUGAGGGCCUGCUUGAGUCAAUUGUCUGCCAGAGAGCCUGUUGGAUGACCAGGCAGCCAAGCAGUCAGCGUGGCGGCCUUACUAAUGGGAGGACAGCCCCAGCCCAGUCCAGUCCAGCCGGAGGGAGAGAGGCAGACAGCGCACCGCACCUUCUUCGUCUCUUUCUCGUCACCAGGUCUGCAUGUGAGUGAGGCGGUCUGCUUGCCUGCAGGGCCUGCAGGUUACCCCCCGUUUUAGGGCAGUCGGUCGGUGUCUGUUGUCCUGAUGAUGAUAUCUGGUUGGCAGUUCGUGUGUGUGGAACUGUGCCGGCCGGUCACACAUCACAUCGCUGCUUACAUUUUAUAUCCGUGAGAGUGUUUGGUUCCCUCCCAGUGGCGUGGACUGCCGUGACCGAUCGCGACUCAGAUGAGAUCGCCAGUGAGAUCGACUUUUCCUUUGAUGAACGCACACAUGCCCACCAGGACGGUCAGGGUUGCGGAGAUGACGCCUGCGCUUCCGGUGCUGAAACAUCCC